AUGUCUGGACCACCAUCUAUAAGCUCUUUCCAGAGCGAUAAACCUCUAUUAGAGCACCUCACUAUCGAUCUUCUCAUUACGAUAUUCAGCCAUACCUUCAUGAACCCUGGCUUUGCAAUCCUUCUACCACUCGCCUACCGUGCUCAGACAUACCACUAUAACUCGCCCCCCUUCAUCUAUUCAAGCAUAUACGCCGGUAUAGUCAUCGUUCUUUUCGUAUGGAAGUUCAUCAAUAAACGACUUGCAUUUGGCAAGAAGCGCGAAUUUGAUUGGACCGAGGAAGUCGUUGUGAUUACUGGCGGUAGUAGUGGCCUUGGUCUUCUCAUUGCUGAAACCUACGGCAUGCGCGGGGUCUCAGUUGCUGUACUGGAUGUCCGUGAACCUGAAGGUGGUGAGGCUAGGAACGUCGCGUACUAUAAAUGCGACGUUGGGGACCGAAAGCAGGUAGAGGCUGCAGCAAAGGAGAUUGAGAGAGACCUAGGGACACCUACCGUACUGAUCAACAACGCUUCCAUUGUACAUGGAAAGAGCGUUUUGGACCUGACUUAUGAUGAAAUCGAGAAAACCUUCCAAUCCAACACCCUCUCCGCAUUCUACACAACCAAACAGUUCCUCCCUGGCAUGAAACGCCUGAACAAAGGCUCACUUAUCACCAUUUCCUCUGUUCUUUCUUCUGUAGCGCCUGCGAACACAUCUGCCUAUUCAGCUUCCAAAGCCGCCCUCAAGGCGUUUCAUUCUUCUGUGACCGCAGAGCUUGCAGGAACCCAUCCAGGAAUUAAAACCCUCCUUGUUUGCCCUGGUCAACUGCAAACUCCAAUGUUCGAAGGAGUUGAUACACCUAGUAACUUCUUUGCACCUGUGUUGGAGCCCGUGGAGGUUGCGAAAGAAAUCAUUGCCGCCAUAGAUGAGGGCGCUGGUGGUAUCAUUGCAAUGCCAGUGUAUGCGAGAUGGAUUGGGAUUAUGGAUAUUCUCCCAGUUAGUUUCCAGCGUGGGCUAAGGUGGUUGAGUGGGUGUGACACAGCCAUGACCGGAUUUAAAGGAAGAGGAGAGAUCAAAGAGAAAGAAGGGGAUGAUGAGUAG